AAUAAAAGCAAGAACAAAGAAAAAAAAAUAAUAAUAAUAAAUAUAAAACUUUACGCUGCUUUGCACACGCAACACACGCACUCGUCAGGUUGCAAAUUUAAAUGCUAAAAUAUCAUACAAUCGACACACCCACUGUAACCACCUCCGACAAGAACAAGAACAAUAACAACAACAUCAACAUCAACAUCAACAUCAACAUCAACAAUAACAUCAACAACAACAAAGAACAACAACAAAACCAACUGACACAUCUAGAGACAGCAAAACAGCGCAAACCGACGAGGAAAAGCAACGCGAUCGGCAGCGCAACGAACGUGAGGCCAAAAAGGAAGAGCAGGACGCUAUCAAUUAUAAGGUGA